AUGCUCAACCUUAUAAGCGGUAGAAAGGCUUCUCGUGAUCAUAGCGCAGACAGUUCACGGAGUGCCAGCAGCUCCAAGAAGGUCGCCUUCGCGGAAGAGGCAAGGGAAAAGGGCGGCCCUAGCCCUGCCACUUUGCCCCUGGCAGCUGCAACAAAUCCUGCGAUCAUUGACUCAAUGAGAAACUUUGGCAGCUCUCUAAAUCCUAUGGCCAAGUUUGCUGGUAUAGGUGGGUUCAGGGGCUUCGGUCGGACUGCCUCCACCCCUGCUGCCCCAACCCUGAAGGACGGGAAAGCAGCUGCAACAGACGGGGGCGACCUGGCUACUGCCUUCCCCGACAUAGCGGCAGCUCUUCCCCCUAAAGAGACGCCAAAGAUAGCACCGCCUGUAAAGCGUUUCAUGGAGCUUCAGAACCCGGCCGAUCUUCGGAUCGGCGAGGUCCUUGAGCUUCUUAGAGACUACAGGAGGCUCGCCGGUGCUUUAAAAGAGAUGGAUGCUUUCAAGGAGUAA